GUCACAUGACCGGUAAAGGUUCUAAACAUCUCUCUGAUCGCGUGUAACAGGAAUACAUCUCCGAUUCUUUAUUAAGUCGUUUGUUUUCUACCGUCUGUGUAGUCGAAUAAAACGACAGAAAUGCAUGCUGAUCAACAUCUUCGUUUGGACGAGCAGUUGUUGCUUUUCAUGGACCAGCUCGAGACUCUUGAGGAAAAGCGACAUAAACUCAAUUCCCUUAUAGAAGAGGGAUGGUUUUCUAUUGCCAAGACACGCUAUUCAAUGGGAAAUAAGCAAGUAUCCGCUCUGCAGUACGCUAGUGAGAUGGAGCCGCUUGUUCACGUUGAAGUCAACUUGUUGGAAGGUGGAACAACUGAGUUCAAAUGUGAAAGAAAGAAAAAAAGAGAAGAAGCGAAAAAUAACACAGUAGAAGACAUUGGUGCUAAAGACACGGGUCUUAGGAGGCGAAUAAAUACCAAACAAAAGGGGGUUAAAGAAGAGGAAGAAGAGACAGACCCUCAAGUAAAAACAAAGGCAGAAUCAUCCACACCCGAGCACAGAGAACCUUUGAAGUGGUUUGGGAUCCUUGUACCACAAAGUCUGAAACAAGCUCAGUCUGCUUUUAAAGAGGUCAUCACUCUGUCAGCUGAGAUUGCAUCCCUACAAAGUGCAAUACUUGCUACAAGGAAAGAGAUGCAGGCCCCGGUGAAGGAGAAACAAGAGAAAACAGAGAAGACUCAACCAGAAAUAAAAGAGGAAUAACAGUGACCUUGUUUACGUUCAUCUAUAAUCUUUAUUGGUUUUUUUUUAUUAACCAUAUAUAGACCCUUAGUUCUUAGAGCAAUUUUGCUAUGUUGAAUGUUGAAAUCACUCUUAUUGUAUAAAAUGGUUAACCUAAUAAAAAUGUUUGAUGAACCAUGUUACAUUUUGAGCAGAAAUGCAGUUGAAUCCGGACAAAUUAUAAAUGUUUAUAUUUACUGCAGAUUUGAUUUGUUCUCAGUUUUUUAGAACCUGCUCUGCUUGUACAUUUCAUCCAAAAUGCCAUAACUCUAACAACUGCCAUUGUAUGUCGUUAUCAGAUCGUUAAUUUAGUCAUUUACAUCAGUAAAUAAAAUAAUUGUUCUAGCA